CCAGGAACCAAUCAUCAAGCCGCGAGGGUUCAGGGAAGAGAGGAGGGUUCCGCUCUAGCCGAUGCUCAUGGCUGCCCGGGAAAGCAUGUCAUCAUCUCCGCGUCAGCCUGUGACUGGGCAAUCGUCCUCGAAGGGAGGAGCCCAGCUGAGGCUUCUGCGUCCGACUGGACGAGCCCGCUCUCUGAUGCUGCGCUCAAGAGCUCAUCACUUUCGCGGGCUCCGAAUAAGAGGUCGAACUCGUCGUGAGACGAGCCAGCGGACUCAUCCGGAAGCCCGAUCGGGGCAGACGAGCGUGCUGGGGAAUGGGAGGUCCGUGGGGGGAUACCCAGCGGAGGCGGUCCCAUUGGGGUCCCCAAAUCGCCCCCAGUGCUAGCCGCACUGGCCUCAUACCCGUGGGUAAAAGGACCGAGGCAGGGAGCCUCUGGGGUGGGUUGCUUUCUUACAAAGGCGCAUCGUUACCAUGGACAUGUCCUCGCAAGGAGUACAUGACCAUCCACGAACGCUCUCUCCACGUGAGCAGUGCCCAGACACAAAAGACAGUGAUCGUGACCGUCAGAAGGCGAGAGAUAACGAGCGCAACCAGGAAUAACACACAGUUGGAAAGGCAUCUUUAAAAAGACGCGUCUUUAAAAAGACGUUCCGUAUGUGCCGCUCUUUUAGAGAAAUAAUAUACUCUUAUUUCUGCCGAAGCGCCCAGGGGCAUUCUCUGCAGUGCACCAGUGCAGAGGGGGGGAGAAGCGGCUGAAAUGCGCCAUCAGAUCCAGCAGAGGUGAAUGAACAGUCGUGGGAAUUCAGCUCAGUGAGCAUUACCGUUCGGCUCCGAAGAGAAAAUCUGAAUGAGUGGUUGCAUACCAGCUCCUUUUAUACCCGUAUGUCCGGGGGAGUGGCAUGCAAAUACCACUCGCCAACUUUCAUUGGCCUUUUAUCAAAGACCAGAGGUGUCUCGGGCUCCCAAGAGUGACCCCUAGUGUCACUACAUCGACACAACGUCAAGUGAGUGACAGAUAGGGAACAACUUUCUUCUAUGAAACGGAUCGGCUACUCUGUUAAAAUGUGAAUGCAUAUUAAGUGUACAAGGAAUUCAGUGCUUUAAUACAAAUGUUAGUCAGCAGCAAAAUAUGCCCUCAGUUGUCUCUUUGGGCAUUUAAGGAAUUUUCUUGCAACUGUUCUACAGCCCAUGUGUUGAAGGCAUAAGGGAGAACACAUGAUAUCCCAGAUACACCCACACAAACACAUGUUCACAUAAAUAAUGCUAUUAAUCUUUAGCCCGAAACAACUAGCAAGUGUGAUCUCACACAUGUGUUCAAAUAUACAGUAUAUUGAUAGUUGGUAUGGUGACCAUCAAAGGAAGAUGUAUUAGGUCCACAGUUUAUUUAUAGUGUCCUACUUUGUGCUGUGUGAAGUUAGGUACUUUGUUUGACAGCUUGCAAACUGGGAAUGUUAAGUUUCUGAAAUAGUAAAAAUAUUUCUGCUGUGACACUUUCUAAACCACUUCACUGUUGUUUUUGUUAAUUAUUUUGAAAUACAGAAGUAAGUUUUGGCUUUUCCAGAAUGAUAAAGAAGUGUUGCCCUCGGUGGUCUGUGCACUUCCUUAUUAAACUUCUGCAUAACAGAUUUAGAAAGAAGUGGCCUUGUUCUCAGCACACAAUCAAGUUCUUUACACAGAACAUGUUUAACGUUAUUUUAAAGAUGAAGUACAGUAUGUAAUUAUUGCCUCCUUACACUGACAUAGCAUGCCCACUUCUGUCUCUCGAUCAAUAUUAGUCUGUUCCUCUCUGUGUCUGUCACUGACCCAUCAAGUCUGAGGAACAACAUUCAUUAACACAAUUCAAAUAGAAAUUUUUCACACAUCUCUUGUAACACUUGGUGUGGUUCUUUAUUAAGAGGCACAUUUUACUUCUAGUAAUCUUGAAAAACAAAACAUUCAAACUAUGUUUUAUCUAUGAUAAAACAACUAUCAUUUUGUCCUGGAGUAAAGAUCAGAUCUUGACCUUUAGGUCAAGUUGCAAAGUAGAAUUUCCAUGAUUUCAGCUGUUUAGAAAUGUAUUGUAGAGGGAAGUUUAAAACUCCGGGGAACCUUUACAAGCCCAAAAUAGUGAAAUUAUAGCAAAUUUCACUUUUCAGCACUUUUAAAAUUUAGGGGAAGUAUUCAAAGAGUUUCAUGCUGUAUAAUAACGUGUCCUUCAAAUUAUAAUGAUUUGUAAGCAUUAGCCGAUUGUAAACAACCUAAGGGACAGAGAAGAAAACUGAAGAUUCACCCCUGUUUGUUUUAAUUUUAAUGAAUCUCACAACUGUGAUUUGUGACCUGUAGUUUUGAUAGAUCUCUCACUGCAAAGCCAAAGUGACCUUUCCACAUUACGUGUGAAGUUCAUACAGAUUUAACCAAUACAGAGAGCACAGGCUAAUCAAACAUGACUCUGCAUUGACCAGAAGCAUAACCGAUAAAUCUAUAUGAAAUCAUUAUGAAUAAUACGGUAUUCAUAUUGUACUACUUUAGGUCAGUUGAGACAAAGAUUUAUUGUGUUCGACUUCUGUCAUGAUGAACUGUGUCGUCUCCUUGUGGAAUUCAAUGGUAAAGCACAUCCUUGUUCUCGAAUCACUCUCUAAUACUAAUCUCUAGUAUCAAAACAAUACUUGAUAUGCCAAUCACAAUCAUACUGCCAAUCAGGCUAGUUUUCCUCCAUUCCUUUGCCUAAGGCGCUAUCAUAUGUCAAAUUACUGCUAUACAGAGAUAGAUUUGCUUUAUUUUCAAAUAUUUUGUCCUGUACUUUGUAGACCUAACAAAAGACAACAUGAGGCCUCUUGAUAACAGUUGCGGUUAAAGCAUGAUUGUGAUGUUUUGCCACAAUGAGAAAGCAUUUCCACAUUGACCUUGUGCAGUGCUUUGUUACAGAUGCAAAUAUCUGCUCUCGUUUAGUUGCUUGUUACAUUUGAUCUUAUUUUAUUCAAGUAUCUUAAACCAACUGAGCACUGUGCUGCACUUUAUCGAUGGCACUAGAUCAUUUUAUUUCUGUAUUCUUUUUCCUUCCUUUUUAUUAUUAUUGUAAUACGUUUUUAAAUCAAAUUAUCCUUUUUUUAAUUUUGAAUUGCCAUUGCGUAUGAAGUGUGCUAAUCUAAAAAAAAAAAAAAAACUCGCCUUGCCUUCCCUAAAUGCUUCACUCAAGGACACAAUGGUGACAUGCUCACAGUAACACCAGUUUCUGGUCACUCGUGUACUCGAGUGCUGAUUAGGUGGCUGAGUGGGUAAAGAGUUGAUAACUUUGGUGCCUGUUGUGUUCAAUAAUUUGGUUUCAAACCCAAUCUAACUCCGCAAAAGCAGUUGAUUUGUUUUUAUUACCCUAAUCUACGGUUAGUUGAGGUGGCUGGGUGGGUAAAGCAAAGGGCUGCUUGGUUUUCUAUAUGUGGGUUUGAAGGCCAGAAUUGGCUGCAGCCCAUAUACUCGAGUUCAGAAUAUAUAUCAUAAAUUCAUAAACUGGAAAAGGUAAGGUUCUGAUUAAUUUAAAUAAUUCACAUUUUGAGAUGUAGAUCCAAAGUGGCCAUGUUCUAGUGUUCCUACUGGUAUGCGGAAGUGUGUGGCAAUGUGGGUUCAAUGCUUCUCAAAACAGUGUCUUCCUUUUAACACAAAUGAAAUGAUAGAUAGAUAGACGGACGGAUGGAUGGGUAGUUUAGAAUAUUAAACUGUUUUUAUUACAUUUACUUAUUAAACUGUUAUUUUAAACAGUUACAAUGUCAAAAUUGUAAAACUCCUGAAUCUUCAUUACAUCGCGCUGUGCUCGGAACUUCUUGCUGUUCAUUCGUGUUUUUAACGGACUUAUUUACAGAUGCACCAAAAUGUGUGCAUUGAUAAAAUGUCACCGACUGGAAUGGAUUUAAAUGCUUUUUACAGCUGUCUGUUCAUCGUGUUCAGCAUAUGUUCAGUGAGAAAAUUGUACGACUGAUUUAUCUUAUCGUAUCGUCAGAUAAGUCGGCACAUCCAUCAAGUGUAUUGAUGAAUGAAAUGUCCAGCCCGGUCUCAACGUGACUUUGUACAUGCACAUGUGUCAUACUGAGGAACUGAAGCUUUAACUCUUCAAUCAAACAUUCAUCCUGAAAAUGCAUUGGAGUGUAGCGAUCCCCAUUCUGCGAGGAUGCAUCAGACACCUGAAGAACGGGUCCUCGCUGACAUACAGAUGGAGAGUGACAUGGAAAAGAAAUUACAGCUUCUUUCGAGAUGAUGUGAAAUCGCCUAGAGCGGCGGUCAACCCAGACAUCUCAAAAAUUCGUAACAUUGGCAUCAUGGCACAUAUAGAUGCAGGAAAGACCACGACGACGGAGAGAAUGCUCUACUAUUCUGGAUACACGCGAGCUCUCGGAGAUGUGGAUGAUGGUGAUACUGUAACUGAUUACAUGGCCCAGGAGAGGGAGAGAGGGAUCACUAUCCAAUCAGCUGCUGUAACCUUUGACUGGAAGGAUCAUAGGAUUAACCUCAUAGACACACCAGGUCAUGUUGAUUUUACUCUGGAGGUGGAGAGAGCUUUACGAGUGUUGGAUGGAGCAGUUGCUGUGUUUGAUGCCUCUGCUGGUGUAGAGGCUCAAACCCUGACCGUGUGGCGGCAGGCAGAAAAACAUAAAAUCCCUUGUGUGUGCUUCCUAAACAAGAUGGACAAACCUGCAGCUAGCCUGAGUUACUCUAUAGACAGCAUAAAGACCAAACUAAAGGCCAACCCUCUUCUCCUUCAGAUCCCUAUUGGCUCAGGGAAGGGCUUCACAGGAUUUGUGGACUUGAUCACUAAGCAGAAAAUAAUGUGGCAGAGGACUUCACUAACAGAUGAUGGUCGUGCUUAUGAGAUCAGAGCCCUCCAGUCCUCAGAUGACAUGGAAGUGCUCCAGGCCUUCAAGGAGGCCAGAGGAACCCUGAUUGAACAGGUAGCAGAUCUUGAUGAUGAGUUUGCUGAGCUGCUGUUGGGAGAGUACAGUGAAAACUUUGAUGCAGUUCCUGCAGGGAAGUUGCAGGAGGCAGUGAGGAGAGUGACAUUAGCUCGUAAGGGAGUGCCUGUAUUAUGUGGAAGCUCUCUGAAAAAUAAAGGGGUUCAACCUCUGCUGGAUGCCAUCACUGCGUAUCUCCCCGCCCCCAAUGAGAGGCACCAUGACCUUGUGCGCUGGUAUAAGGAUGAUCUGUGUGCACUGGCAUUUAAAGUGAUCCAUGACAAGCAGAGGGGUCCAUUGGUGUUUGUUAGAAUCUACUCAGGAAGCAUGAAGGCGCAGUCAGCUGUGUACAACAUCAACAGGAAUGGAACGGAGAGAAUGAGUCGUCUUCUUUUACCUUUUGCCGAUCAGCACUUAGAGAUCCCUUCCUUGUCAGCAGGAAACAUUGCGCUCACGGUGGGACUCAAACAGACAGUGACGGGCGACACCAUAGUCUCCUCCAAAGCCUCUGCGGCAGCUGCAGUGCAGAGAGCUCAUGCGGAAACGGAGAGCGAGAGGGACUCGCACAGGGAGAGCAACAGUCUGGUGCUUGCAGGGGUGGAAGUCCCUGAGCCUGUCUUCUUCUGUUCUAUUGAACCUCCUUCUAUGGCCAAACAAGCAGAUCUGGAGCAUGCGCUCAGCUGCCUGCAGAGGGAAGACCCCAGUCUAAAAGUCAGAACAGACCCCGACUCUGGACAGACGAUACUGUGCGGCAUGGGGGAGCUGCACAUUGAGAUUAUCCAUGACCGCAUCAAGAGAGAGUACAACAUUGAAACCCAACUAGGACCACUGCAGGUAGCCUACAGAGAGACCAUCCUCCAAUCAGCAUCUGCCACAGGUGAGGCAUCAGCCAAUCAGUGUCACCAAAACACAUUAGAUCGUACCCUGGGAGAUAAGAGGCAUGUUGUUAAUGUGGAGCUUACAGUCCAUGCUUGGACAGAGUCUGUCACUUCCUGUGACAUCACCUUUGAGAAGGAAGUACAAGCCCAGCUCCCUGCUGAUGUCAGAGAGGCAGUGGAAAACGGAGUUCAAAGUGCAUACCUCCAAGGUCCUGUGUUGGGUUUUCCUGUACAGGGAGUACAAACAGUUAUCCAGCAUGUAGGUUUAGAACCAGGCACUUCUGCAGCCAUGGUUUCAGCCUGUGUGUCUCGCUGCAUGCUUAAGGCUCUGAGGCAGGCAGGAGGGCAGGUGUUGGAGCCAGUGAUGGCUCUGGAAGUGACAGUGGGGGAGGAGCAUCUGAGUCCUGUGCUCACAGACCUCGCCCAGCGACGCGGCACUGUGUGCGACAUCCAAAGUCGGCAGGAAAACAAGGUUUUGCUGGCUACAGUACCUUUGGCAGAGAUUAUGGGCUACUCUACACUUCUACGCACUUUGACCUCUGGGAAUGCCACCUUUUCUCUGGAGCUGUCCAGCUAUGAGCCCAUGAACGCUCAGGACCAGAACACACUGCUCAAAAAGAUGGCUGGACUGGCUUGAACCUACAGCUGUCACCAGCUAGAUGCAAGUGAAAUUGACCAUUGUUACACACACUAACUCUGAUUGGAUGCAGAAUACAAAUACUUUUGUCUUCUGCUCUUUGAUUGGACCAUAUCAUGGAAACUAGCCUGAAUGUGGACCUGACACAGGCAUACCUUGCUCAGUUCCCUUCAGCUAGAGACAAACUUUUUCAUGGAUGGAAAUGCAGAGGACCGUAAAAAGAGUACACAAAGUAAUGAGCAUAAUGGUAUCUACAAAUCAUUGUACUGGAAUAAAUAAUUUAUUUGUGUAUAUAACCAUGAUGAGAAAUACAGUAAUUGUUAAAAAGAAAUCACUCACUACAACAUGACUUUAAAUUCCAAAUUUAACAUUUAUUAAGAGUAUUUGAUACAUUUGUCUUAUAUUAAAACUUAACCUUACAUUGGAAAUCCAAAUUUAACUUUGUUUUCAAAAUAAAAAUUCAAGUCCUGGAUAACUGGCUCAGUGCAACAAUAGCAAACCAUGAUUACCAAUAUGGUUAAGAUUUAUCUGCACUUUUAAAACAUGUUUCCUGUUUUUGCCUUAUAUUUUCUAUUGUGAAAAUCCUGAAGUUUAUCAGCCCUUGUACUCAUGACGACAGUGGCCAGUAAAUAGAGGCUCUGCAGCGAUGCCUCUCCUAAUGGACAUAAAAAGUGGGGGGAAAAAAAAAUAUAUUUCAACUGUCAAAUAUACAGUAUUAAAAAAAAUAUGCUUAAGCAAGCAUCAGUUUGACUCUAAAGAUUUGAAGCUGUUGUGUGUGUGUGUUAUUUUAAACAGCUAGUAAAUAAAUGAACUGAACCAUC